UGGAAGCAUGUGAUUGUUGCUCUUCCUGGAUGCGAAGGGAGAUGAAUGUAUAAACCGCACCGCUUUGUUUUAUCCCUAUCUUUCCUGCCUUAGCCGUUUGCUUGCCAUUGAUUAAAACAUGAAAGCGUGCGGCUUGUUGUUGAGCUUUUGCCUCAGUGUGGGAGUAAUGGCGGGGAAAUACUCCCGUGAAGUGAAUGAGCAGACGGGCUCGAAUGACGGCAAAACUGCGGUGGAAUUCCGCGUCGCUAAACUGAGCCAGGUUUGGGAGAAAGCGAACAGGAUGCAGCUCGCCCCAAGGCGGCUGUCGGAGCUCCACAGUGAUUUGAAGAUUCAGGAGAAAGACGAGCUUCAGUGGAAGAAGUUAAAGGCAGAGGGACUAGACGAGGACGGCGAGAGAGAGGCCAAGCUCAGACGCAACUUCAACAUCAUCCUGGCCAAGUACGGAAUGGAUGGGAAGAAGGACAACCGUGCCAUGGACAGCAACAACCUGAAAGACCAUGAGGCCAAACUGGGAGAAACAUUUGAGGACCCCAGACUGGACAAACUGUGGAACAAAGCCAAGACUUCAGGAAAGUUUUCUGAGGAGGAGCUGCAGAGCCUGCGCAGAGAGUUCGAGCAUCACAAGGACAAGAUCCACGAGUACAACAUCAUGAUGGACACAGUGAGCCGGACUGAGGAAAUCCAUAAGAACGUGAUUUCUCCACUGGACGGGGAGGAGAAAACGUCCAAUCUCCAUGAGAAACACAAGGACCUUAAGCAGAAGAUGAGGACCCUGAACCAGGGCUUUGAGCGCCUGCGUAAAAUCACUCAUGAAGGCUUCGACAGUGACAACGAGUUUAAGGAGCCCAAGGUCAUAGAGCUGUGGGAAAUGGCCAGAAGAUCUAAUCUUAGUGAGGACGAGCUCGACUCUCUCAAGGAGGAGCUGAAGCAUUUUGAGACAAAGGUAGAGAAGCACCACCACUACCAGGAACAGCUGGAGUAUUCACACCAGAAACUGCAGCACAUAGAGGCCAUGGGUGAUAAGGACCACAUCGUGAGACAUAAAGAGAAAUACAACACACUUGCCGAGAAAGCACGAGAGAUCGGAUACAAGAUGAAGAAGCAUUUGCAAGAUAUAACCAACAAAAUCUCCCGAAAUGGACUCCAGCAUAAUGAACUCUGAGCAUGACCUCCUCUUCUCACCAUGACAACACUGAAAAUCCUUCAUAUCCAUAAACAUAGAUUAUAGUGUGGGUGCAGUCAUUGAUUUUCUAAAAUUGUUUAAAUCAUUCCACACAACAUUUGCUAAUCCACAGCACUGAUUUUUAUUUUUUAUUUUUUUUAAUGACUUUGGUUUGGAUUUGGUCCACUCUAAGUUGUAGCCGACCCAUUUUGAUAGUUUAGGUACGAAUGCAUAUGCACAGUCUGUUACAUUUUAAGUCCAGUUAUGAUUCUUGAACUGCUGAAGUCAUUCCCACAGGAGGGAUACAUGCUGAGCUUGAAGCUGAAUGCUAUAUUUUAUGUAUUGGUAUGCUUCUGAGUUUUAGACAUCUUUUGAAAUGCUCGUUUUCAUACAUUUUCACUUAUUUCAUAAUCUAAUCUCUGUAAAUAAAAGAUGAUUGUCCAUUGUCUGUUAA